GCCGACCUGAGCGUUCGCUCAGCUGUCUUGAACAACUAUCGUACUCACGUUUAAACUGCGCGUAGAAUAUGUUCUUGUGAUCGUCAAUGCUUACAGCGUGUGGGCUAUGGACGUUGAUUAAGCUAAAGUUAAAGAACCGACCUUUGAUCCUCAACCUGCUCACUCCUUCAUUGGUCGACGACCACCUCCGAAUCACGCGAAAGUUGUUCUCUAUUCCAGUGCUCUACCGUAGCUAUGGUAGAUGGAAUGAUUACCUCUGAACGAUCGCUCCAUUGAUCCCUUCAAGCACAACUCCUCCAGCGCUACGAUGCCAAAUCCGCAGCCGACCAGUAUAUUGGCGAGUGUGCGAAUUAAGAGAUUGCAGUUCCACGAACUGAGCUUCCAAUGGUUGGUCUCUUUUUGUCACUGUGGUCUUCGUCGUUCCGGUUCGUAUUAAGUACAAUUCAGAUGGUCAGUCUCCUUCCGUCACCGUUACCGAAACGUCAGUGUCCGUCAUAAGUAGUUUAAUAUUUUCUUUGCUGGAACGUUCACACGUGCCGGACGUCAAAACGCUUUGUGACCGUCACGUUGUAUGUGAAUGUCUCCAUAAGAAUUACAUUCAACUAAUUUUGAUGGUGACGGAAGAUGACGGACCGUCUGAAUACUGCUUUAUUCUACUGAUCGUUCGAUGACAGACAAUCACGAGAAAAGGUCCUAAGUGCAAAUGACAGUUUCUCGUUGUUUACUUUCUCUUUCGAUUAAUACGGUCAUACCGACAAUCCUUUUCUCUAACUCUUUACAUAAAAUAACGACUAAACCCAUCGACUUUCCUUCUGUAGUUUAGAAAUUGUGGGAAAAUACAGGGAUAUGCCGUAAUAACUGAGAGAGUAUUUAAAUAAAGAAAGUCUGUCAGUUGCACUUGGGACCUUUUCUAAUGUUCAUCGAGAAUAGUUCUCGUUCAAACUUAUUUAUCUAGGAAGCCAAAAUUUCAAUUACUCAAAAUGCCACUGAGCUUUGAACAUAAGUGGAAUGUUCGUCGUGGAAUAUAACCAUUUUUAACUCAAGAAGAACCAAAAUACCAAAUCGUACAAGUUGUAGAGUCCAGUAAGUGUGAAAUUUACAAAAUCGGAUAUUGAUAUGAUAUGUAUCCAUUUCAAAAACGUCAGUGUUAUCCGAGAACUAAAUUGUAUCUCUUCUUCAACCAACAAACAUUGCGUGCAAUGCAUCCGCUAUGUGUUGACAAUGUCACAAUGCGAAUCAAAGGAUGUGAUAGGGUGGUAUAUUGGAAAGGAAUGUUUUAAAUGUCAUACCGAGUUUUUGAUUUACUACUAUUUCUCGGUAGAAUUUUCAAAUAUCGGUGCAAUCAACCAGUGGCAGUUUCUCUAUGUUAACAUUCUCUUUCGUCAAUUGCCCAGCUGUUUCCAUUUAAAUAAAUAAAAAACAAAAACAUUCCAGAAAUCUUAGACUUUCAGUCUGUACUAAAAAAAUAAUCAAAUUCAAAAUCGAUAUGUAAAGUAAAUGAAAAGAAACUGUCACUUUAUUAUUCAGGCAUGUCAAAUCAAAAGUACUCACUAGUUUCAAGUUCAUCGUGGACUGCUAAGACCGGUACAUCGUUAACCUACAAUGGUAAUCGAUACAUGCAAGUGCGAUCAUUUAACGCUUUGUUUUGCUACAAACCUUUCGGUACCGAACAAAACGCAUGAGGUAUCUCCGUGCAGCAGCGGUAGUUCUAGAGAAACCCUAGUAAUGCCACAAAUCAUCAAGAGUGCUGUUAUGGCAAAGUGAAGAAUUGCUAGUGUUAACUUGAAACUGAAACUAACCCAGAUUCGAGCUUUCAAACUUUUACGAAUAACAUUAGUUAGGGUGGAAACUGGGUUGCUUUCCAUUUCAAAUGAGAACGAUAUUUAACGCCUACGGAGUGGUUGGAAGGCGGUAACACUCGCACUACUACGAGAACAUUAAUAAAUUUAUUACUUUAGUAAAAUGAUAAAAAAUUACAUUCCGAUUCCGAUGAAGGAUAUUAAACAUUGGAUGUUCAAUUGUGAUAGGUUUCACCUUUUCGAAAUGAAUUAUUGAACAAAAACUACAAAAGCUCACGAUGAAGUGCAAAAAGAACUGCCUAUUCAUUCUAGUUCUAGCAAGAACAACUCAAAAGUGCUAACUUCUUUUUUCUGCCGUUAGCUGUACUUGCCGUCUUGCGUUGGGAAAUAUUCACUCUAAGCUACCAUCAUAUUUUACCCAGCAAGGCCACUUGUGUUGUGGUUGUGCGUGAGUCGAGCAUGAGCAUGAGAGAUAGAAAAAAAUAUCAAAACGGAACCAGCUCCUGACAUCGGUCAACUUGCCUUUGCUCUAUCUACUGCGCCUCGGUGGGUUCAACAUAAAUACCGAGCUCAACGACCGGUUUCGUCUAAACUAAGCAGCCUGAUCACAGUCAGAACUUUCUGGUUGUGCAGUUCAUUGGCAGAAUAAUUACGGUGUUUUGGAUUGCAAAAUUUAUGCUCCAUUUCGGCUCGUUGAAGGUGAGUAAGUGGCAACUUAGUAAUGAACUCGGUGGAACGGGUUAUUGACAAGCGAUCGAAAGGGCAAUAAGCGAUGCGAAAAGACGCCAAGAAGCCGAUCAGAACCGGCAGCCAGUGCCUAACGCGUUCAAAGCGGUUUAUUUGCCAGUGGAGGGGGCCAGUAAGCCAUCCGCUGGAAAUAGUCCGUGCAGUGUUCUUCUACCAGUUAUGUUCUGUGGUGCUAACCUAUAAUUUAAAGAGUGUCGAGUCAGAUAUUUUCAAGAAGUGAUCAGUCGCAAAACGGUAAUGAAAGGGGCAGGUCAAGCAGUGUGCCAUAUCAGCUAAAUAAGCCAACGUUUGAAAUAGUGAACAGUGAAUCCGAUCUUCGCAUAACACAUGCCUUCAACCAUGAAAAGAGUGAAAAAUCCAAGGCUAUGGAUCGGCUUACGGCCGAUCAAGGCGCAUUUGGGUACGGCUAAGUUUAUGUUUUUCUACGGUUCAAAAUUCGACGCCCAUGAUAUCUUCGACCUUGACCAGGCCGAUAAGAUCGUGCGUCAUCCAGAGUUUGAUCGAACCAAAAAGACGGUGAUGUACUUCCAUGGGUACAUCGAAUCGCCGGAAGUGGAAAGUGUGCAUGUGAUCGUGGAUGCUUAUCAGAAACGGAAUGACCACAACAUCAUCAUACUGGACUGGGCACAGCUUGUGGAUGGGAACUAUCUACUGGAAGCAGUACCAAACUGCAAAAAACUCGGACAAAAACUUGGUUCCGUGAUACUGGCUAUGAUAAACGCUGGAUUAGACGCCAGCAAACUCCAUUUGGUUGGACAUUCAUUAGGUGCACAGCUGGCUGGUUACGCAGGUCGCACCGUUUUAUCGAUAUCGAAGAAAAAGAUUAAGCUUAAGAGAAUUUCGGCAUUGGAUCCUGCUUUUCCCCCUUUCUAUCCCGGCGUUUUUGUGACGCAUCUGUGUGAGAAGGAUGCCGAAUUUGUGGAUGUCAUUCACACCGACGCCUGGCUGUACGGGGCCCCAGUUAGUACAGGAACGGCCGAUUUUUGGCCCAAUAAUGGCAAAACUCUACAGCCUGGUUGUCCUAAACGAAACUACAAACCACUUACAGACAAUGAUCUCUGCAGCCACCGGCGGUCGUGGUGGUUUUGGGCGGAAAGUGUUGCCGAAAAUUCGACGACUUCCUUCCAUUCAGUGCGGUGUAAGUCCUGGGGAGAUUUCAAAGAGGGCAAAGUAGACCGAUCGGCCCAGAUCAUGUAUAUGGGCAUCGAUUGCAGUUUGGACGCCAAAGGAGACUACUACCUGCAGACUAAUGGAAACCCACCCUACUCGAAAGGUGUUGCAGGCGCCAAGUACGAAUAAUUUAAUAAUUUGCAGCUCGUAUAUACCAGUCUUAGAUUAGUACAAAUUGACCAUGAAUUGGACAUAUAGAAAUUUAGUUACAAUUUGGCAUGAUUUCUCAGAGUACGGGUUUUGAAAUAUUGAAACAAAUGUGGUAGUUUUGAUUGGCUCGGAAUACGUCGCUUGUUGUUAACUAACAUUUACCUAGUAAAAACGCACGACUAUGAAAAUACUACACUUUUAAAGCACACUGUUUUGUAUAUACAAUGUUCAUACUUAACUCCGAAAUAAGAAUUUAUGUUAAACGUAAAUUUUAGUUACCAGAGCUACCAAUAUUCAUAUGUUUGAUUAGUGAUAGCUAACUGUUCAAUCAUAAAUAGAUGUUAAAACGAUCCCAGCAUAGCUCCUAAAGAAUAGAUAGAUUUCCCAAACAUAUAACAGAACUAAACAAAUAGUCUCAAUUGUUUUUUUAUACAUAAAAAUAUACAUUAGACAUCGUUUGCUAGAUAUAACACUGAAAUCAUUUGCAGAAUUUCUAUUUCUAACCAAAAGAAUCAAACAAAGUUUAAAAAACUGCAUUGUAUCAUAUACAUGUAAAUUCAACUUUUAAACAAAUGGAUAACGAAACCAUUCCGCAUAAUGACUUAGAAAGUUUUGUUUAAUAAACCGAAAGUAUCUACCUGCAAAUAAUUGACAAUCAAUGGCUUAACAUCAGCUUAGUAUUUUUUUUAUGUUUAUAAUCGAUCAAAUAAAAUGCUUUUUAAAUUGUUACACCAUUUUGUUGAAGUUUUUAGUUCCACAGUUGUGAUAUUACUUUGCAUUGAAUUGCACCUUCAUUAACACUAUUAUUAGAAGCGCAUUGUUUGCUCUGAACUAAACAAAUGUAAAUGACGACAUUAAUCCGACAAAUAAGAUAAAUAAAGAAAGAUUUACUUCAAUCGGGAUUUGAACAUCGAA